AUGGCACUCAGAAGGCAUGUAAAAAACCUUGUGAAAAAUUAUUCUGAAGCUGAGAUAAAAGUCAGAGAAGCAACUUCUAAUGACCCUUGGGGUCCUUCUAGUUCUCUAAUGUUAGAGAUAAGUGACCUGACAUACAACACAAUUUCCCUUUCUGAGAUUAUGAACAUGAUCUGGCAUAGGAUGAAUGACCAUGGGAAGAACUGGAGGCAUGUUUACAAGUCUCUUACACUCUUGGACUAUCUCAUCAAGAAUGGAUCGAAGAAAGUCAUACAACAUUGUCAAGAGAGUUUCUUUAACAUUCAGAUAUUAAAAGAUUUUCAUCAUCUAGAUGAAGCGGGAAAAGAUCAAGGUUUCCAUGUAAGAGAGAAAGCUAAGCAAAUUCUUGCUAUUUUAAAAGAUGAACAACUGAUGCAUAAUGAACGUGAAAUUGCGCGCCGGACUAGACGGCGCAUUUCACAUGCAAUGCUUUUCUCCCAGAAGCCUUCUAACAAAGCUACGCUUGGCUCAGAUCCCAUUUCAGAACUCCCUCCAUCAGAAAAUGUCCAAUGUUUGCUGCCUAAGGCAUUACCUGCAGCAGAGCAAAACCAGCAGACAUGCAAAGCAGAAAUAGCCCAAGAAGCAACAGUACUGAAUAUCAUUGCAAAGAAGUCAUCAGAGGACUUGAUCACCUUUAGCGAGGAUGAAUCCUAUCUCGCGGCUGUGGAGUCAACAUUUCCAGCUACUGUCUGUAAAGAGGAAUUGACAAAAGGUACAAAGGCACCUGCUAAUAAUUCCUGGAAUACAGGUAUUGUUUUGAAUCCAUCAGAAAGAAAUCCGCUCCCUUUGCAAAAGUGGGAUUCAGGCAGAAAAUCGAAUAAUUCGGUUGUUUCCAGAGUUAUGCCAAAAUCUUCUCCAAAGAGGCCAUCAAGCAUAAAUAGUCAUCAAGCUGCCACAACUUUGCUUGAUCUUUGGUCAUCCAGUCCAGAGGAGUUUGUCACUAUUAACAAACAGCAAGUCCCCAAGUCUGAUUUGGCUUGUUGUCAUACCAAGGCCUCUGUUGAGACCAUUUAUAAGUCUCCCACCUUUCAAACCUUUGAUCCUCUAGGAACCCCUAUGACAAACACCCUGAAAGCCUCUCCAGCAACUCAGCAGUACUGUGGGCCUAAUGUAGCUAGGUUACGAAACCUCUACUUUUUAACACCAAGCAUUGUAGAGGCAGUUGGCUUGAGUGGUGAUCCUGCCCCCAGACCAGAUUCUGCCAGCUCCAUCAAAACAACUUCUUCCUUUUCUACUUUCUCCAUCUCAUCCCCAGAAUCAGCCGUACCAAACAACACCCCUCAGCCCUAUUCUGUUGCACCCCAUGGACCCUACUUGCCUUCACCACAUAGAUUACCUUCUGUUUUCAUUGAAGAGCUCAAGGAACGGAUUGCACAUUCUUUUUCUCCUUGCCCUGUGUCUGAUAUAGAUGACAGUGCUAGCAUUUUAAGUCUACUAUCUGAUAAUUCAAAAUGUUCUGUUGAGAAAAAUGAUAGCUUUAGGAGCAGAACCUGUCAUGCUGCUGGUGAAAGCUGGGCAAACAAUUUAGUGGAGGAAGUAUUUGCUGGAUCUAAUCCUGUACCUCCAGCCACAAAUCUUCCUCCUGACCCAGAUAUUUUUCCUUUGAGUGCUGAGGAAAAAAAUAUGACCAUUUUGGAAGAAAUAAAAAAUGCUGUUUGUGGACUAAGAGGGGACUUCUGCUGUGUGGCACAGGAGUUACGUACUAUAGGUAGUGAAUUGGCAAAUAUGGUAGUUUCCGUUCAAAAUAUGAACCAAUUUUUUGUAGCUCCCCAAACUGCUAAAGAUGACCAUACGAAAAUAUAG